AACAGAACAACAAUGGCCAGGCUUUCAUUCUCCAUUAUGAUCUGUGGAAUUGCUUUCACAACUGUCCUAAUGCCAGAAUUUCUGAGUGCUGGGCCGGUAGGACAUCAUGAAGAAAAGAAGGUUAUGGAGGCUGCUGCUGAGGAGACGACAAACAGCGUAUCCCCGUUGAAGAAGCUGUCCCGCAACAGGAGGAACAUUGCCUACUACAGAAGUCAACCUGAUUAUUGGGGAUGGUAUAGAUACUAUAUGGACACCAACAACCAGGAGGGAAUCGAGGGCAUGGACCGCAUGUACGUCGCCUACCUGCAGAAUAAGCACAGAGUAGAAGAGGGUCGUUCCUACAACCAUUACCUCACUCACCUGAGCGAAAUUUACAAAGCCUGUGCCAACUCCGAUGAUCCCGACUGCAUUGCAGAGCUUACCAGCAAACCCAAAGCUAAGUUAGUGAUGCCUUUACCCAUGAAGCAAGCUGCAUUGACGGUGUGCAACCCCUACCUCGACCCCUACUGCAUGUAUGCUGCUAGACCAAAAGUUGCAGAGGAAGAAUCUUCAGCCCCAGCAAAGAUCCCAGCUCCAAUCCUGAGCCCCCUUCUCCCCCUGGCAUUGAAAACUCAUCCAGGUCAAUACUACUACGGUCCGGCCCUGGCGCCUUUCCUGUCAGCUGAGCAGAGGGAGGAGCUCCUGCGUAUCUGCAACCCAUCAGACACCGAAUGUUUGCAGUACCACCUGCGCGCUGCUUUCGGCUACACGCCCACUUUUGGCGCCCUGCCAUCUUAUGCUAACCUUGGUUGCGAUCCUACCAAAGACCCCUACUGCCAGUCCAAGCUGGUAGCCAGGGCCCCCUCAGGUUUGUAUCACCUGUAUCCUGCCAAUGUAGCUGCUCCAAAAGAACAAUCACCAUUCAAUCUGGCCUGUGAUCCCCGCUACGAUCCUUACUGUUUGAUGGGUGGAACUGCCGCACUUCUGAGACCCCCUCCAAUCCUUCCCCAGUAUCAAACCCGCCACCAACUGGGUAUUCGUGGCAAGACCAAAGAAGGUUAUGACUGUUAUGUGUAUUAUGAUAAAGACUGCACCCCGGUGGAGAAUCAGGACUUAAGGUCCAGUUCUGUACCCGACUGCCACCCCUAUGACCCCACCUGUGGUAAGUUUGCAGCUCCGAAAUCUGCUGGAAUAGAAGCAGCAAAGACGGCCAAAGAUGGCAUCGUUGAACCUCACCCUGACUGCGACCCUGAAAUCGAUUACAACUGCCGUCUGCGCAGAGCAGAAAGCACAGGUGAGGAGCAAAAAGAUGAUGCAGGCCAGCAGAAGCAGGAUCAGGUAGCUGCAGAGGAUUCAGUUCCACGAUUUGAGGACUUCCUGAGAGGAUAUGUGGGUGGCUACAAGAAAUAAGAAACAAGACGUUUAGAAACCGGAUGGGAACGUACAAGUCAAACAUGUAUGAACACUUAAAGUUUAUAAGUAAACCAUUGGGUUAUGAUGACUGAACUGAAGUUCAGAUCUGUGCAUGAGAAGAAAUCCCUUAAGAAUCAUUUCUGUAUUGUUGAGUUUUAAUAAAUGUAGAGAUAUACUUAAUUUUGUUCGUCAUGUGUCGUGCUGGGAAACUUGUGGCAUAGACUUUGGG